AGCCUGGUUGCUCACUUCGUUUCUGACUUUACCAUUCCUUCCCUUCUCGUUCUUUUACCAUCUGUUUACUUUCGCCUUCUAUAUUUGCACUCUUUCACUUGUCCGACAUGCGUUCUAUGAAGACCCUUGCUAUCUUCGUUUCUUUGUUGACCAUCACCGAUGUUGUAUUGUCUCUUCCCAUUUAUGAGACCGGUACUGGUCUCCAGGGUGAGAACACCCCAUCCGUGGGGGGCUUAACUACUACCGACCUAUACGGCAGAGCAGCCAAAAAAGCCACCAAAGCUCCGGCUGCGAAGAAGCCUGCGGCGAAAGCUCCUGCCAAAGCGCCGCCGAAACCUCCCGCAAAGUCCCCUGCUAAAGCACCGACUAAAGCUCCUGCCAAAGCACCGCCAAAACCCCCUACCAAAGCCCCACCGAAACCCCCCGCAACUCCCGCAAAAUCCCCUGCUAAAGACUCGAAGAAACCUCCCGCAAAACCUCCAGCAAAAUCUCCUCCCAAAGCCUCCCCUGCCAAAGCUUCGGCGAAGGGUAAGGCUACCAAUGGAGCAGGAAACAAGGCUGCAUCCGUCACGAAAGCUGCGACUAAAAGUGCGCCGAAAGCGGCAAAGGCGACGGGGAAAUCAGCGAAUAAUUCGAAAGCAGCAACGACGAAAGGGAAAGCUGCCUCCGUCACUAAAAGUGCGUCGAACAAGGCAAAGGCAACGGCGAAGUCGAAGGGUGGAGCGGCUAGUGCCUCCGCUACCGGAAAAGCUUCUCAGAAGUCGGCAACGGCGAAGGGGAAGGGGAAGUCAACUAGUCAAUCUGCGACUGCGACUGCGACUGCGACUUCAGCAAUUAGUAGCAGCGAAGCUGCAUCCCAAACUGCGUCGGGAACUGCGACUGAAACAGCGGGUGGUGCGACUGAAACCGCCGGAACUGGCACCGGUACAGAUGCCACUGGAACCGGUACUUCAGGGACUGGCACUGGGAUCGAUAACACUGGAACAGGAGCUGCAGGAACUGGCACUGGUACAGAUACCACUGGAACCGGAACUUCAGGGACCGGCACUGGGAUAGAUACUGGAACUGGAACUUCUGGGACUGGUACCGGUAUCGAUACCACUGGCACAGAAACUUCAGGCGGUGAAACCGGAACGUCAGGUGGGGGGACAACUAUCGAUGGCACCAUCAUCAACAACAACUCUGGGGGAUCUGCUGCUGGUGGAGAGGGCACCGUGUCUUCAUCAGGAGAAAUUGAUACCUCUGGCCAAGACGGCACCGUAACGGAAACUGGUACCUCUGUUGAGGGUGGCACAGGCGAGACGACGGAAGGCGAUACAACUGAAGCUGGCACGGAGACCGAAACAGGGGAUGAAGGUGCAACAGGAGACGAAACUGCUGGGUCAGAGACCCAAGAUGGCACUGGAACUGAAGGCGAGAGCACGGCAGAAGCCACAGAGACCGAUGGCGCCCAAAUUUUGGAUGCGAGCUCAACAGAUGCCUCGGAGACCGGAGACGGCACCGAAGCUGCAGAUGAGGACGCCACUGUGACCGAUGGUUCGGAGGUCGAGGAUGGCACCCAACCCGAAUCUGAUGUCGUCGUGAGGGAACUCGCGGAGGAGAGACUCUACAAGAGAAUGGUCUCUUUGGAUGAGCUUGACUGAGUCGGGUUUCUUCUCUCUUUCGUUCAAGCGAGGUACCUCCGUGGUUUAGUCAGACGUCAAUCUUUCACGAAGUAGUACUUACUAGUAAUUACGACUAUAUGUAUAUGACCACAAUACAUAGUACAGGCUUGGGCUUGGUUCCAACUCAUUUAACAUAUCCCAAAGCUUUCUACACCUUCCAUAGAAGCUCUGUGGC